AUGGGACUGUCCCAUAUGCAGUUCUUUACCACCAUCCAAAGAUCAGUACUCGAGGAUACUUUACCGUACGUUAUCUUGUUGGCUUUAGGUGAAAAUCUAUGUCUAAUCGCGAUUUUCGUCAAAUUUACUUCUACGAGUUCAAAGUGGGCCGCACUGCCGCUCAAACCGCUUGCAAUAUCAACGAAGUAUGGGGCCAGGGAAGUAUCAACGUAUGCACAGUACAACGUUGGUUCCAAAAGUUUCGUGCCGGCAACACCAGCCUACCAAGACGAACCUCAUGAAAGCCGUCCACCAAUACUUGAUCACGACUUAUUGAAGGCGACAGUCGAAGCUGAUCCACGCAAAACCACACGAGAUAUUGCCAAGGAGCUCAACGUCGAUCACACUACAGUUGUUCGCCAUUUGAAACAAAUUGUUAUGACCAAGAAGCUUGACAAGUGGGUUCCACAUGAAUUGACCGAAAGUCAGAAAAAUCGUCGUUUUGAGAUAUCGUCGGCCCAUCUUUUGCGCAAUGAAAACGAUCCAUUUCUCGAACGGAUUGUGACUUGCGAUGAGAAAUGGAUACUUUAUGAUAACAGGCGACGAUCUGCCCAGUGGCUGGACCAAAAAGAAGCUCCACGACAUCACCCAAAGCCGAAAACUCACCAAAAGAAGAUUAUGGUUACGGUUUGGUGGUCUGCAGCGGGUAUGAUCCACUAUACCUUUCUGAACCCGGGCGAAACAAUUACAGCAGAAAAGUACUGCCAGCAAAUCGACGAAAUGCACCAGAAACUGCGAAGAAGAGGAACAAUCCUACUUCAUGACAACGCUAGACCUCACGUCUCGGAUUGA